AAUCUGAAGCUGUUACAAUCAUUGCCUAUUGUACUAGAAGAAUUUUGUUUAUACUACCAAAAUAAUAAUUGUGCAAGAGCUGCUGCUAGAAUAUUUAACGAAUUACAUGACGGAAGACAUGCAACUCAUAAGUAUGUAAUUCAACUGAUGGAGAAAUUUACCACAACAGGGUUUGUUUGCAAUAAAGUGCAUAAGCGAGAGGGACUCGUAAAUAACGAAGCAAUCCAAGUGGCAUUUUAGGCACCUCAAAGAUGAUAUACAACAAAAGUACUGAUAAAGUCUUAAACCAAAUUGCCAAAGAUGAGGGAUUUACUGAUUACAAAAUAUGUAGUUAUGGUCAAAUUUCGAAAGGACAAGGUUUAACCGGAGAACUAUAUUUCGUUAACAUCAAAUCAGAGGACAAUAUUAAACAACUCGAGCUCCUCAUAAAAGAAGCUACUAAGAUAAAGAAAAUCAGAGAUUAUUUCCCAGUAAACGCGCUCUAUAAAAAUGAAGCUUUAUUUUAUAAUAUAAUCUGGCCGAAAUUUACUAAUCUUCAACAGGACGUUAUGGGAAAAAUGAUUUUUGAUAAUGUACCCAAAUGCUACGGCUCUGAAAUUAAACCCGGAGAAGAAUGUAUAGUUUUAGAGAACUUGAGAUCUCAGGGAUUUGAAACGUUUCCUAAGAGUGAAUAUUUAGAUAAAAAAAUGUUGGAGAUGAUUUUCAAAAAAUACGGGGAACUUCAUGCUUUGUCAUUCGCAUACAAAAUGAAAGAUUCAACAAGCUUUGAGAUAACCUGCGGUCAGUUAAUACCUUAUUGGACUGGUGCCAAGAAUAUAAUACCACUCAAAGUUUCCAUACAGACAUUGUUCCAGAAAUGCGUCAGUUAUACAUCGAAAUACAAUUCAAAGCUGCAAUCAAAAAUGGAGAAAAUCAAUGAAAAUCCAUUAGAUGCAUUCAUAGAUUCAAAUUAUUACAAAGGAAAAUACGGGGUACUUUUGCAUGGAGAUUGUUGGAGUAACAAUAUGAUGUUCCAAUUUGAUUCUUCAAGAAAUCCUAUUGAUAUGAAAUUCAUUGAUUUCCAAGUAUGCCAAGUGGGUUCGCCCGUCUUUGAUUUAGCGUAUUCUUUCUAUUCAGGGGGUUCAGAAGAAAUCUUCAAUGAACUCGACCACUUUCUCGAAAUUUACAGCAAAAGUUUAUCCGAUAUGUGCCAGCAACUCAACUGUAACAAAUACAUCAGUUUGGAUGAGUUGAAAAUAGAAUGGAAAGAGUACAGUAAAUUUGGAUGGAUAAUGGCAUUGAUUAUUUUAACGGCCAAAUUGGUUAAGGACGAAACAAAUCUAGAUUUGCUUGUAAUGUUGAACGAAUUUGAGAAACGGAACUAUGAAGCUCAUUUGGAAGCAAGCGAUGAAGAUGAAAUUGAGAAAAGAACAAUGAGCAUACUUAAUCAUUUAGAUAAAUGCGGUUAUUUGUAAAAUUUUAUCGUUUAUGUUGUCAUGUUGAAACUAUUUCUUAUGUCAAAUUUAUUGAUGUUGUGUAUAUUAUGAUAUCAAAUGCAUAAAGUUCAUAUAGGAGGCAACAAAACAAUAUGCCAUAACUACAAUUUGAAGCUAUGACAUAUUAAAUUGUGGCAGUCAAUAUUUUUAUAUGAUAAAUUGUUUUAUUGUGUCAAAUAUUACCUUCACAAAAUUAGUAGACAUGACAACAAAAUACGAAUCUCUGGACAUAUUUGAUGUCAAAUUAUAUUUUGUAACAUAGGUUAAAAGGUUUGGAAAGUUCACAUUUUAAUCUUUGAAAGGAAGUUGUAUGUUUCCUUAAAAUCAAAUUAUUAACAUGUGGUUAAUUUAGGAUUUGAAACUCGCUGGUGCGGGAGGAAAAAAUGAACCGUAGCGUCCUCUGUUGAUUCAUGAAUACAACUAUUACGUUUACAGAUACGGUAGGUAACACUAGGGGCAGUGAUGUCGAGCCAAUCAAAGAACAGCAUUGACAUUUGACAUAAUAUAGUGGAUGCGUACACAAAACAUACCCAAUAAGAAUGGUCUAAUAGAUAGCAGUAGUUACCUAUCGGUGACAGUUACGAUCGGGAACAUGUUGAGCGUUCGCUGUCAACAUUUCUUUGUUUUUUGUGUCUUGUUAGUUUAUGACAGGUAAAUUUUCAAAACAGAGGCUAUUUAGGUUGCUUUUAUUGAACUUAUAAAUGUUACAUUAAGUGGUAAAUGUGGAGGUACUUUGUCUAUUUCAAAGAAUUACAAAUUGUAUUCACCACUCAUCCACUUUUAUAUGUAUAUAAAAUUGUCUUUAUAAUUCAAAACGAAUUUAUAUAGAAUAAAUCGUGCAGUUCAAACUCCCUUCUCUUAAACGAAUUCCAUCAUUUCCAACCUAACCAACAUUCCACAACACAAAUUUAGUUCUGCCACUUACCAAACUGGGCGCUAAUGUAAAAAAAUGUGUCAUUACUGUCAAUGUCGGUCAACGGUGAUUAACGCUUUUGAAUUAUAUUUGACACGGCGUUGGUGGGUUUAUUUUACUACGAUAUAUUUUAAAAUGAACGAAAUAGAACCAGAAAAAUUUUUUAAACAUAGAUGAAUUGAAGGAUCUAUGUUCCUGCAUAACAUCUUCGAGGAAUUAAAUAGAUCCAAUCUAGCUAGUAAAAAUGGUUAGACCAACAAAUUUUAUGGAUAUCAUUUGUUCUGACUGAAAAGACCAUAACUAGAAUAUCUUGUAUAUUUAAUAUCUCAUUUUUCGUGAUGAUUUAUCUUGAUAGUAAACUGUAGUACUAAUUUGAAAAGACUCAUAAUUUUACUUUGUACUCAAAAGGCUAUAGUUUUUGGUGCCCUAAUCAAUCUCUACUCCACAAUUAUGAUAGAGUCACCUGUUUCUUUAUGUUUUGUACCUCUAUUUCGAUUGGAAAUUGAGCGAAUAAAUAUCCACAUUAUUUUCGUGGAAUAAAUAGACUAUCUCAUCAUUUCAAUCACAGUAAAAGAUUUGUACCACACGUAUUCUAAUUGCGUCCCAAGUUUUUUCGAAAAAUUUAUUCAAAUAUUAUUAUUUAAAAGCACAUUGAAUAAAAUAGGAUACAGAGUAUUUCUAAAUUCGUGCGACAAAAUUCAGGAGGUCUACUUUCCACCCCUUUCCCACCCCUUAAAGUCUCCAUAGUGUAGUGGUUAGAGUACAUGCGGGAGGUCCCAGGUUUAAGUCCGCGCUGAUACCAUCUUUUAUUUUUCUACUUAAUGUAGUAAUAAUUAUUUUUAAGUGGCAUUUAUACGUGCUGAAAAGAAGAGUUGUCAAAUUUAAUAACACAACUUCGUCUGUUGUUUUGUCAGUUUGUUCUAGUCUUGAUUAAAAAGUUCAAAAUAUUGAUAAAUAUAUAAUAUAUUUUAUGAGGAAAAUUACUUGUAUAAAGGCCUUUUUUGAACUCAAAUGAUUGUCGACUUGUUACAUAAAUAACUAUUUCAAGAUGAAGUUUUAUGAAAUAAAAUUAGAUAUAACUGAAAA